CCUCCCUGACCAGCUGCUCUACAAACAACCAUCAAUUUGAAUCCCAAAGGCCUGAGAAAGUCUGUUCUCCAGUACCUGCUGCUGCUCUUCUGCCUCAGACAGCAAGAAAGCACCAUGAAAUUGGAAUUCACUGAGAAAAACUACAACAGCUUUGUGCUGCAGAACCUGAACAAACAGAGGAAACGCAAAGAGUACUGGGACAUGGCCCUGACUGUGGAUCACCACGUCUUCUUUGCACAUCAAAACGUGCUGGCUGCUGUGUCUCCACUGGUGAAGAGCCUCAUCUCCAGCAACGACAUGAAGACCACCAAUGAGCUCUUUAUCACCAUUGACCCCAACUACCUGAGUCCAACCACCGUGGAGCAGCUCCUGGACUACUUCUACAGUGGCAAGGUGGUGAUCUCAGAGCAGAAUGUGGAGGAACUCCUUCGAGGGGCCCAGUAUUUCAACACUCCACGCCUCCGAAUCCACUGCAGUGACUUUCUGAUUAAGUCCAUCCGUCGAGCCAACUGCUUGCACUACCUCUUCUUGGCCGAGUUGUUUGAGCUCAAAGAGGUAUCAGACUUGGCCUACUCUGGCAUUCGUGACAACUUCCACUACUGGGUUAGUCCUGAGGGCUCCAUGCACUUCAUGCGCUGUCCGCCUAUCAUCUUUGGCCGCCUACUUCGAGAUGAAAACUUGCACGUGCUCAAUGAGGACCAGGCUCUCAGCGCACUCAUCAAUUGGGUGUACUUUCGAAAGGACGAGCGGGAGAAGUAUUUCAAGAAGUUCUUCAUGUACAUCAACCUUAACGCCGUCUCCAACAAGACACUGACAUUUGCCUGCAACAAAUUGAUGGGAAUGGAGAACAGCUCAGCUCACGCCACCAUGAUUGAGAGUGUCCUUGUGGACCGCAAGCAGGAGAAACCAUGCAGCCUGCUGAGCUACCAGCGGAAAGGGGCCCUGCUUGACUCAGUGGUCAUCCUAGGUGGCCAAAAGGCCCAGGGCAAGUUCAAUGAUGGGGUAUUUGCCUAUAUCAUACAGGAGAACCUGUGGUUGAAGCUCUCAGAGAUGCCCUACCGGGCAGCAGCACUUAGCGCCACCUCUGCUGGUCGCUACAUCUACAUCUCUGGUGGCACCACUGAGCAGAUUUCAGGGCUGAAGACAGCCUGGAGGUAUGACAUGGAUGACAACUCCUGGACCAAGUUGCCUGACCUCCCAAUCGGGCUUGUUUUCCACACCAUGGUGACUUGCGGGGGGACAGUGUACUCAGUGGGUGGAAGCAUCGCCCCAAGGCGGUAUGUCUCGAACAUCUAUCGCUAUGAUGAGCGCAAGGAGGCCUGGUACCUGGCAGGAAAGAUGAGCAUUCCGAUGGACGGUACAGCCGUGAUCACCAAGGGCGACCGGAACCUGUACAUCGUCACUGGGCGGUGCUUGGUGAAGGGCUACAUUUCUCGGGUCGGGGUGGUGGACUGCUUUGACACCAACACUGGGGACGUCGUCCAGUGCAUCACCUUCCCCAUCGAGUUCAACCACCGGCCCCUGCUCUCCUUUGAUCAAGACAACAACCUCUGUGUGCACAGCCACCGGCAGAGUGUGGAAAUCAACCUGCAGAAGAUAAAGGCCAACAAGACGACCACCACAGUGCCUCUCUUGCCGAACUGCUGUCCCUUGGAUGUGUCCCAUGCUAUAUGCUCCAUUGGAGACAGCAAAGUCUUUGUAUGUGGGGGCAUCACCACAGCCAGCGACGUCCAGACGAAGGACUACACCAUCAAUCCAAAUGCCUACUUGCUGGACCAAAAGACGGGCGAGUGGAAGAUCGUGGCCCCCCCACCGGAGGCCCUGGACUGUCCUGCCUGCUGUCUAGCCAAGCUACCUUGCAAGAUUCUUCAAAGGAUUUAAACCACUUUCUAAGUGGGAGAAUACGUAAAUGCAUUAUUAUUCGCAAUUUAAUGAGAGAGGGAAAGAAAGGAA